AGUAACCCUAGAUUUAGUUGCACAACAAAUAAUUCAUUUACCAAACUCGAAAUUUUGCUCGAAAAGAAAAGACCUAAAACACAUAAAUUAUUUGUAUUUAAUUCUUUAUAAUAAUUUUAUAGACAAUGAAGACACCAGUGAUUCUUUUAGCUUGUGGCUGUUUCAAUCCAGCAACUAAUAUGCACCUUAGAAUGUUUGAAAUUGCAAGAGAUUUUUUACAUCGAAUAGAACAAUACGAAGUGAUAGGGGGAAUAAUAUCACCAGUUCAUGAUGGAUAUGGUAAAAAGGAACUUGAAGCUGCUACUCAUCGGUUAAAUAUGAUCAAACUGGCAUUGCAGGGCAACGAUUGGGUUAAGCUUUCAGAUUGGGAGUCUAAACAAGAGACGUGGACAAGAACAAGACAAAUUCUACAGUAUCACCAGAAUCAUCUUAAUGCUUAUUUACAUACAUCAGAUUAUAACGUUGACGUUAACGAGGAAGAUUUGAAGUGGAUGCCUGAUAACAUUCGAAAACGAUGUGGAAAUAAAAGUGUUAUUGUAAAACUCUUAUGCGGUGCAGAUUUGUUGGAAUCCUUUGGCACACCGGGUCUUUGGGCCGAUGAAGAUAUUGAAGACAUUGUUGGGCAACAUGGGUUAGUGGUGAUAACAAGAAGCGACAUAAAUCCAAGCGAAUUUAUAUAUAAUUCUGAUUUGCUUACUAAAUACAUGUUUAAUAUAACAAUCGUAACAGAAUGGAUCAGAAACGAGAUUAGUUCUACGAAAAUCAGAAGAGCACUUAGAAGAUCUGAAUCAGUUAAAUAUCUCAUUCCAGAUGAUGUUAUUGAAUAUAUUCACAAGCAUUCCUUGUAUGGUUCAAAGAAGACUAAGUAUUUAUCACCGAACGACAUAUUUGACACAUCAACACUCAUACCAUCUCCAUCAGACAACCUCAUGGAGUCUCCUAGCCCCACUAACUGUCUUCUCAUAUGCAAUAACAACUUAUUCAAUCGAAACUCGCGUUAUGACAAAAUGUCUAUCGACACUACCGAGUCUUUUAAAAGUCAUACACAAAUUCCUACCAUCAGACAUCCAGGUCAGGCAGUGAAAAUUAUCACCGACUACGAGGGAGUUCACAAAAUGCUCCCCAAAGAGGAGGAAUUAAAAAUAAAAGUAAGUUUGGGCGAUUUUAAAAAGAGGUUGGGUAUAAAACAGUCUAAAAGUUGUGCCAGUUUUGAUGAAAUCGAGACACAAAUUAAACAAAGCAAAGAAAUUGUCAGUCUUAAAGAAUGUAAGAGUUGUGAUGAGAAUUUGGUAAAGUUUAUCUUCACUAAGCACGGUAUUCAAGUGAUUAGUGAUGUGGAAACUAUUGUUUAAUUAUCUAUAUGUUUGGGUGCUCUUCAAAAAAAAUAAAUAAAUAAAUAAAAAUCUUUCUGUGAUGAUAAAUGGCAAAAAU